GCCAUUCUCUCUGUCUUUCCUCUAUAUCUAAAACACACCUAUAUAAAUACCUCUCCAUCUAGACUCUGUCAUCUCGCUCACAAAUACAAUCCAUCUCUCUCUCUCUCUCUCUCUCUCUCUCAAAAUUUGUAAAAUAAAAGAGUAAAGAACAAUGGGUGUUUCUUGUAAUUGGUUAUCUGUGGUUGGGGUGGCGGUUGUGCUCAGUUGCAUGGUAAUGGCUGCCUCAGCUGGAAACUUCUAUGAUGAUUUUGAAUUAACAUGGGGUGGUGAACGUGCAAAGAUCUUCAAUGGAGGGAAGCUUCUUUCUCUAUCUCUAGAUAAGGUUUCUGGGUCUGGGUUUCAAUCCAAGAAUGAGUAUUUGUUUGGUAGAAUUGAUAUGCAGCUGAAGCUUGUUGCUGGAAAUUCUGCUGGUACUGUCACUGCCUACUAUUUGUCUUCUCAAGGGCCAACACAUGAUGAGAUCGACUUUGAGUUCUUGGGAAACCUUACUGGUGACCCUUACAUUUUGCACACCAACGUCUUCACACAGGGCAAGGGCAAUAGAGAGCAGCAAUUCUAUCUCUGGUUUGACCCCACAAGAAACUUCCACACUUACUCCAUCAUCUGGAAACCUCAGCACAUUAUAUUCUUAGUGGACAAUAUUCCCAUAAGGGUGUUCAAAAAUGCAGAAUCAAUUGGUGUUCCUUUCCCUAAGAACCAAGCAAUGAGAAUUUACUCUAGCCUCUGGAAUGCUGAUGACUGGGCUACAAGAGGUGGAUUGGUGAAAACUGAUUGGACAAAGGCACCAUUUACAGCAUAUUACAGAAACUUCAAUGCCACUGCCUGUACUUGGUCUUCUGGUGGUUCAUCUUGCAACUCAAAGUCUGCAGCUAAUCCAUUCUCUGAUAGUGAAUUCCAAACCAAUGAACUUGAUGCUCCUGGACGAAGACGACUCAGAUGGGUUCAAAAGUAUUUCAUGAUUUACAACUACUGCGCUGACUUAAAACGCUUCCCUGAGGGCCUUCCUGCUGAAUGUAAACGCUCCAGAUUCUGAUGAUAGAUAGAUGACUUGGCUGCAGCCUUCCUUCUCAAGUUUGUGAUAUAGCCCUACGGUUUCAGAUUCUUUAGUUGAAUUCCCCUUAUCCAGGUUUAUACAACUUGGUACCCAAGGGGGGUGAAAAAUAAAUGAAAUUCUUUGUUUUCUUGUUCUUAAUUUACUACUCAUCUUGUGAGGUUUAUGUCUGUAAAUUCUGUUUUAUAUAAUAAAAUUUAUUGUUUGAGUUUUGC